AUGACCACUGAACCCCAAUUCGAGUCAGCUAACCGGACGGGAGGUGACCUCGAACAUGGUGUCGACAGCAAACUGGCAAGUUUCAACUUGAACUCAAUACCACUGCUCAUCCAAGUGCUAACCGAAGUAAAGAGAAAGUCAUCAAUUGAUGAGAAGGCCUAUUCGACUGCUGAUGUCGCCAAUGCAUCUUCCACUGCUUACGGCCACGUUGAGCGAGACCUCAAAGCCCGACAUGUCACUUUCAUUGCGCUCGGAGGAAACCUCGGUGUUGGCCUGUUUCUGGGCAUUGGAAGAGCACUUCGAUCAUCUGGUCCCAUCUCUCUCUUUCUCGGGUACGCCAUUGCUAGUACGGUGGGCUUCUUGAUGAUGAUGUCCCUCGGUGAAAUGGCGGCUUGGCUUCCUGUGCCUGGAGCCAUCCCACAAUUCUGCGCCAGGUAUGUCGAUGAUGCACUUGGCUUUGCAGUUGGCUGGAACACAUGGUUCACGGCGGUCAUCACACUAUGUGCCGAGAUAUCAGCUGUAUGCAGCAUCAUUCAGUUCUGGUCUGGUGCAGAGAAUGUCAGUGUUGCUGUGUGGAUUGUCAUCUGCAUCGUUGUACUCUUGGCUCUCAAUAUCCUUGCUGUCAGUGUCUAUGGAGAGGCUGAGUUUGUAUGUGCGAUUAUCAAGCUAUGUGGUAUCAUCGGCCUGCUUCUAACAGCACUAUGCAUCGACCUUGGCGGCGUGCCCGGACAACCUCGACUGGGGUUCCACUACUGGAAGACGGAUGGAAUGAAAGAAUAUAUUGCCAGUGGAGCUGAGGGCCGAUUCUUGGGCUUCUUUUACACUUUGGUGAAUGCUUCCUUCUCUCUCGGUGGAAUCGAAACUGUCGUCGUUGCUGCUGGCGAGGCUGAAAAUCCACGACGCAACAUUCCACGGGCGAUUAAGCGAGUAUUCUGGCGGCUUCUCUUCUUCUUCGCCAUCGCGUCCCUAGCCCUCGGGUUGAUCUGCCCGAGUGAUCACCCCAAACUGCUUGGCGGAAGCUCCGAUUCCAAUGCCGAGUCUCCUUGGGUGAUAGCCGUCAAGCUGGCUGGCAUCAAGGCCCUGCCCUCGAUAAUCAAUGCUCUGGUUCUGGUGGCGGGCAUCUCGGCAGGCAACUCAUACGUCUUCAUGGGGACUCGAUAUCUCUACGCUUUGGCUCAGAAUGGCCAGGCGCCACGACUAUUCCUUCGAUGCACAGGCAAGGGAAUCCCGAUUUGGGCUUUACUUGUGACGAUGUCUAUCUCGUUGUUGACUUUCAUGUCAAUGGGGUCCAGUUCAAGUGUUGUAUUCCAAUGGUUCCAGAAUCUAACCACGGUCUCAACAUUGUACACCUGGAUAUCUAUCUGUGUCGCUUACCUUCGUUUUCACUCAGCCCUCAAGGCACAGAACAUUGACCGUGCUUCCCUGCCCUUCUCUUUUCCUCUGCAACCUUACUCGACGUACGGGAUACUUGCUUAUCUAUGCACUGUUGUCUUCUUUAAUGGGUUUGAUUAUAUUGCAGGCGGCUGGAGUACUCCAGGCUUCAUCACGUCUUAUAUCGGGUUUCCCCUUUUCUUCUCCUUCUUCUUGUUCUGGAAGAUCGUCAAGCGUACGCGGUGGAUUCCCUCCGUUGAAGCUGACCUUCUCACUGGAAAAGCCGAACUUGAUGCAAUCGAGUGGCCUCAAAAACAGCCGCGAAACUUUGUGGAAAAAUUAUGGCUUAAGUUUAUCUAG